CAACUCGCUAUCAAAAUCGCCAGCAGCACGGGGCGAUUAAAAUAGAAAUAAAACAACCAUGUAGUCAGGCAUUCUUUACCGACAAUAGAUGACGGCUAAAUUAUCGUAUGAUAUAUAUUUCUGUGAAGUGACUAUUUCGUGUGAAGCUCGUUAUAUUUAUACAGAAGGCCGUUAUGUAACAAAUAUCUACACAUCCUGUUAAACGGUGGUUCCAUUUCACAAUUCAAACACAUUGGGCCAAUCAUACUUUCACUAACUUUUUACUGGUUGGCGUGGAGAAUCAUAAAAAGAAGCGAAGUUCCGACAUCGGGGACCACGUAAUCGUGAGUGAUAAGAACUCGGGCACUUUAAAUGAAGGCAAAGAUAUCGUGACUCGCGUUUCUUCAGGUAAAUAUUGAUCCCUUUUGACGUCAGAACUCUACCACAGUACAACGUGGAAACUGUGAAUUCAGACCAUGUAGCGCAAGGGAUGGGGGUCCUCGACAUCAGGACCACCGACAAAGGAGGGGGUACUACUCCCAAUCUCACCACCCCUGGGACGGGACUAGGAACGGAAUUACCAACGGAAUUACCUUGGUACAAAGAUAACCAGAUCCUGGUGACCAUUGGAUAUGUAGCCGGAGUCAUUGUGUUUGUCAUCUUUCUUAUCGUCACGGUUCUGAUCUGUCGUCAUUACAAGAAGCGAAGAAAAUGGAGGAACGAAUGGGAUGAAUCGAACAAAAUUCUCGAAUCAAAAUCAGCCCCCAUCUCGAGAAAUCCUUCUCCAAAACCAGUGAAGAGAAAAUCAUGUCCGGAUGUUUCCCCAGAUGUGCGUGGCAUUGUUGUCCGUUCCAUGACGAUUGACAAAGUUCCGGAUUUUUCACUUCCGCCCGAGAGAAUCCAGCCCAGAAAUACAUAUGACGCCAUUCAGGGACCGACCCAGCAGCACACCACCCAUAGCUUUGUGGGUCAUGUGCAGCCAGAUCUUUAUAAGUGCACAACAUUUUCGGACGAGGAGUCGUUGUACCUUCCUCCCAGCGAACAUGGUAGACUCUGGUUCUCCGUGCUGUGUGACCUAGCUGUGGAACAGCUCAACGUGACCCUGAUAAAAAUUCGAGAACUACCAGGAAGAGGGAGAGAUAACAGCCCCAGGGAUCCUUUUGUCAAAAUAUUUCUUCUACCCGACGAACGCAAUUGUAAAGUGUCGAAAGUGAGGCGGAAAACGCUUACGCCGGUGUAUAACGAGAGCGUUACGUUUCAGAUAUCUCCGGAUCAUCUGAAAACCAGGGUGCUACGUUUCUCCGUUUAUGACGUAGACAAACGGCGAAUCCGUCAUUCCUUGGGUCACAUUUUGGUUCCUUUACAAGACAUUGAUCUUACCAGAGGUGACGUCAUGUACAGAGACCUCGAACUAAGUUCACAGGUUUAUGCAGCGAUGGGAGAAAUAAACAUAGGGCUUAAUUAUAUGCCUCAUGUCGAGAAAAUUAAAGCGGUUAUCAUAAAAGCGAGAAAUCUUCGACAGAUUGACAUUGACCAGAACAAACACGUUUUUGUACGCGUACAGUUGUUGCAUGGGCGUAAAGUUUGCAAGACGAAGAACACUAUGCAGCAGCGGGCCUCGACAGAACCGACUUUUAACGAAUCCUUCUCCUUCUCUGUGUCAGGAAAAGUUGUCGACACUUGUAGUUUUGAAAUCUCGUUGAUGACGACAACAAAGACGCCAUUCAGCCAUGACGAAAUAUAUGGAAAGACUGUGAUUGGUUCGUUUAUGUUCGCUCGCGGGACCGAACUUCUUCACUGGCAGGAGAUGAUGAACAACACUCGGUCUACUAUCGUCAAGUGGCACCAGCUGUCGGGGGCAGCCCACCAUACUUAAAAUUAUUGACCCAUCCCUGGCACGGUCACAAACAACGCAAUCAAAGGAUCUGUACAUCUGUACGGGAGAGAUUAGUGUACCCCACUGUCUAAGCAAGGAUGUACGGGAAUUUAACAACGUCUAUCAAUACACUCAGAGGUCAAAGUGUAUUGAGUUAGUGUUAAUUUGCCUGUACACGUCCUGGAUCAGACUAACUUUUUUUUCUUAUGUAACUUUCUUCCUGAAACGUGUACAUGUUGUGUAUAGUAACUUACAUGACUGUAAACGUUUUUUCCCAGGUAAUAAUAAGCGGAUUCUCUUGGGGUAUUUUAACAAUCAACUUGAGCAUUACAGAAUCAACGUAAUUUAGCACACCAGUAAUGUCUUAAGAUUGUAGUUAUUAUAAAAUUUACUGGGGGGGUGGGUGGGUGGGGGUGGGGGUCCAUCCAAAAACGGGGAUGUCAGACCAUCCUAAAUGGCAAAACAUGACGUAUUCUUUGAAAAAAGGUGAAACUUUAGGUGGGGGUUGUAAUCCAUCUGCAUUCUAGAUUAGCCACUGGGUUGUAAUACAAUACUUCAAAAAAUUAUUUUUUUUGUUUUAAAACAUUUGUAUUGAAAUUUUGAUGUCUUGAAUCUACAUAGUGAAAAUCAAUGCUACAUCAUUUUUUUUUUAGAAUUUACAUUUAAUGACCACAAGGCGCUACUUACAGAUACUUGUGAUAUGAUACAAUGUUAUAAAGCAAUUGUCCAUAAAAUCAAUUUAACUACA